UGGCGCGCUCUCGCGGACCAUCAGGACUCCAUUAAGGAGAAGGGGAGUAGGGGAAUAGUGGCGUAGUGUUUGUGUGUUGUGUUGUUGAAAAUGGCGAGCAUGGAACUCAGUCUCGACGAUAUUAUCAAGAAAAACAAGAUUUCUGUCAAGGGGAAGGGAGGAUUCAAGAAGUUUGGUGCUAAUAAUGUAGCUAAUAAUCGUGGCAAUCCUCCAAACAAAGUACCUCGUCGGCCUGGAGGAGUCCAGCAGGCUAGGAAACCAGGAAUUGCAAAUGCUGGCCGAGUCGGUUCUCAGAAUGCUGGUCCUGGUGGGCGACAACAACCUAUUGCUGAUGCACGGAAUCGGAUCAUUCAGAAAAAACGCCUUCACAUUACUGACGCAAGAGAUAAGAUAUGUGAGCUUGCAAAGAAAACAGAUGUACGCUUGAAACUGGAGAAACUGCGGGAAACGCGAUUGGGUCAUGAUGGAAUGCAAGGCCAUUUAGUAUAUAAUGGAUAUAAUGCCAGUGUCAGAAAAGCUGUGCGCAAUCCUUACAUGAAAGAUAUUCACGGAAGACCUGGUCCAGAUCAUAGUAUGAUUCCUCUUCAGCGAACAAUCAAUCAAUCCAUGAGCAUUGGCAGAUAUCCACACAAUGUUCCUGCUCUCAUGGACAUGGACAUUGAAAUGUCUGAUGGAUUUAUGUCUGAAAGUGUAAUGCCACUGCGCAGAACUGUUAACAAUGACCAAAUGCGUCAAGAACCUUUGCUUCGUGCUUCCAAACUUUCUCAUCCUUCACCAUACUCAUGGAAGGCACCUCUCCAACAACGCAUAACGCAAACGAACAGCAGAGGUUACAUUGAUUUGGACUACCCAGCGGAACAGAGGAAGAGGAUGAAAUUACCAUCACCUCCACCAAUUAUGCGCCCUAUUGUUUUGUCCGAUGAUGAUGAUAUGGUUGAACCUGUGAGACCAAUUGAGAGAUCAACUCGAACUCCAAGUGGCAGUGCCAUGAGUGCAGCUAAAGCAAGACUAGAAUCAUCAAGAAUUCAACCUUCUCACCUAUCUGCAUCUGGAGCAGGAUCUUCAGGUUACAGAAUUGUUGUUUCCAAUCUACAAAGCUCUGUCACUCAUGAAGAUAUCAGGGAAUUAUUUGAGGAUAUUGGACCACUGGUUGCAUCAAGAUUGGUAAGGCCAGGAACUGCUGAAGUUGUGUACCGCUUGUACAAGGAUGCUGAACGUGCUGUCGAAAAUUAUCACAAUCGACAGUUAGAUGGACAACCAAUGAAAUGUCUAUUAGUUAAGCCCAGGGCCACUACAGCCUCUUCAGCUACCCAGAGUAGUGGAAAUCUAAGAACGCCUUCAGGAUCAUCUGCCAAGCUAUCAGGAAGUGGAAAAUCAUCUGUAGUACCAGACAUUAACACAAUACACAAGGCACUUUUCAACAAAUCUUAAUUUUGGUAUGGCAUGUGUUGGAAAAUGAUUUGUAUAAAUUGUAACUUAACAGACUGUCGUUUAUGAUGGCAAUAUUAAUUUGAGAUGCAUUAGUAAUAAAGGAAUACAAAUAUUUGAAAGAGACUGAAUGUUCACUAAUGUGGAUGCCCCUUUCAUCUCAAAGCAAAGUAACCCUAUUCAUAUUUGAUACAAAUUUAGUUGAAAUCGAGUUUUGGAAAUGAUUUUAUGCUUGGAGUCAGUGUGUAUUAUUGAUUGCAAACAAAUGCUUACAUUGUAUUGACCAACAUCCAUUUUGCUGUUAAUUCCUUAGUUAACUUGUUGAAGAUUUACAAAUAAAAGCAAUCUCGUAUA